UCCGUUCAUCGAAGGAAUACUCUUGACACCCUUCAAGAUAUUAUAAAAAUCUUUAAUUCAAGAUCUCUGUGUUUAUCUUUGAUCGGAAAAUUCGCAGGUUUAUUUCGUCGUUCGUCGAGUCUCCAGAAUUACUGCGACGAGUGAUCGGCGUUUUUUAUCGAUACAAAGAUCAGAUCGACAAUCUUGAUCGAUAGACUACAAUACGAUUUAGGUGAAAUCGUGUCAGGUCUUGUUUGAGAGAAUCCUAAGUAUCACAAGACAGUGAUCGACUAGAAAAGGUUCGAAUAUCGAAUCUACUCGAAAAACGAUCGUGAUUUUCUGAGUUCGUAAUUUUUGCUGCAUCAAAAUCUGAAUUUCAAAAAUCUCAAGACAUAUCAACUGUCAAGUCAUAGUUUCAAGAUUUUUAUCUGUUUCCAACAAUAGAUAAUUUAUUGUGAAUAAGUUUAUUCAAAAUUGUUAACUGUGAAAGACGAUUCUAUAAAAAUUUCAGAUGAAUAGUAAAAUGCAAGAAAAGAUUUUGCAAAGUUUUUCGUAAUUUUUAUUGUCAGCAUCCAGAUUAAGAAAGUUAAAAAUUUUUAAAUGCUAUAUAAUUUUCUAUAGUUUUCAACUAGUCGUAAUAUUAAUAAUUUAAAGUAUUUUUUAAUAUUUUGAUAUCUUUUCUCUUCACAAUUUAUUAUUUUAAUUAUUUUUUAAUAUUUCCGCAGUUAGCCACUGUUAUGAAUUUAACGCAAAUGUAAUUUUUUUAUAUUUCUUAUCUAUUUCGUUAAAAAAGAUAUUUUUUCGAUAUAAAACUGAUGAUGAUAUUUUUUCAAUAUAAAACUAAUGAUAAGUUUCUAUCUUGAAUUAUUUAAUAUUACAUGUAAGAAAUCUUUAAAUCAUUGGUUUGCUUUAUAGAGCAUAGAGCUAGUUAGAGUUCCGGAUAAGUUUUACUUCUGUCUUGAGUCUCCAUCUGUAUAAAUAUAAAUGACUCGCAUGCUUUGUGCGACAAGAGAAGUGUAUCUUGAUCUAUCGUGAAUCUAUCCUUGAAUUUAUCGUGAUCUACAUUAAUCGAAAAACAAAAGCAAGAAAAGAAGAAAAAUAUAUAUGUCAAAUGAUGGAACUAUGAUCAAUGCUAACUUCUAAACUAUUGUGUAUAAGUUUAGAGGAAAAAUAAUAGCUGAUGAGAUAAUCGAUAUCCAAAGGGAAGUGACAUUUAUGUCAAAUUAUAACAAUUGAUGUAAGCCAGUUGGCAAACAAUGACGUCAAGACGUUGUAUUGCGAAUUGCGUUUUACGCUAUUAAGAUCAGUUUUUCGACGAAUUUAAACAAGCAAACAUUAAGUGGAAUUAAAUUUUUAAACUGCACGAAACGUAUUAGAAAAAUUGUAAUCAUGAUAGCGGAUAACUUGCAAAAUUAUACUUUGUCAACUUUAUUUACUAAGACGACGAUGAUGCCCGAUGCAAUAGCGAGCGUUGUACCGAAGAGACACGUGACUUUAGUUUCUCAAGUUGUACUGACUCUCGUCUACAUAACCGGUGUCAUCGGCAAUGUGUCUGCUCUGGUCAUCCUCUUUCAUCGAGAUAAGAGGAGAAACCGUAAGCACUUGCUGAUGCUGCGUUGUCUAGCAACCAACGAUCUUGUGGCAUUGUUGGGGAUGUUGGUACAAAUGUACGUCACUAUUUAUAUAGGUAAUGUGAUGUCCAUGAGAAUUUUUUGCUCUCUACGUGUGGUUUGGCGACUUUUCGGCCUCUUUAGUGGUUGCGUCGCUAUUGUCAUGGCAGCAGAGAGGUGGUUGGCCUUGACCAGACCCUUCGUUUAUCAAAAGGUGACGUAUCCGGUAAUUGUGCGUUGUAUGUUGGCACUUUGGCUGGUCGCACUAGCGAUGACCAGUCUGCCUGUUAUGGGUUUCGGAUUGUAUUACAAAAGCGAGCGUUGCGUCCGCUAUAGGGAAGCUACAGAGCCGAGCGACAUCGCUUAUGCUUAUGUAUGGUUCGUUUUCGGUACACUCUUAUGUUUAUCCAUUGUCUGGUGCAAUUUGGCAGUCUCUAGAGCUUUGAGUAGAAUAAGUCGCCGCGCGGGUUCUCUCAGACGAAUCUGCAGAGCCUCAUCGCGAGCAAAACCUUUGCUAACCAUAGCUGGACCUCCAAAUCGAGUGGAAGUUGCUACGAUUGAGGAAAAGGCAUUUGCGCGACUUAUGGCUGUAUUAUCGAUUUCAUUCGUUAUCUGCUGGAUGCCACAUAUGAUUUCUAUUCCGCUGGCUCAAUUCGCGAUGCGGUUACCACAAACGGCAACCACUAUACGGAAAUUUAUUCAGAUCUUCCAAAUCGUAGCCGAUAUUCUUUUAUGCAUUCACUUCACCUUGGAUCCGUAUAUUUAUGUACUUCUACGAGUACCACGACCAAGAUUUCGAUUACUGAAACCGCUCUGCAGGAUCUGUUGGCCGGAUCGAAGCCGUUCCAAUUCAUUUACAGGAACAAUAGAUCAUCAAUGUAGCAGUGGUGAUCCACCGACACCGAUUACUGAGGCUCCAUCGACACCUGUCAGCGAGGAGCAUGAUUCGCAUCUUGUCAUGGCAUCGGCAUCUUUCUAAGACCGGCCUGUGCGAAUGAUUUUCUUAAAGCGAUUGAAAAAUUACAACCAUAUAUGAACAUUUGAGUUGUUUCGGCAAAAUAUUUAUUUUUUUUUUUGACUGAUUAUUGAAGACACCAUUCAUUUAUGCAGUGUAAGUUGCUUUUCUGCGCACAAAAUCAAAAUUAUUUAAAAUACUUAAAGAGAGAGAGAGAGAGAGAGAGAGAGAGAGGGGGGGGGAGAAUUUUAGUUUGUAGAUAAAAAAUAUACUUUUGAAUCGAUUUAUUCUUAAAUAGGUAUCUACGUAAACUUCUAGUCAGGAAUAAACGUGAAAUUAAAUAACGCAAUUGUUAAUUGCCUGCGCAAUUAGCAUAGAGCGUGUUAAUUAUGCGGGCAACAAAAGUAUAAUGCAAUCGAAGCUAAAUCAAAAGGAAAAAAGAAAAUAUAAAUUCAAAAAAUAUAAAAUAUUGGAAAGUACACUUUAAAGAGAAAAAAUAUAGUCUAAGAUAUAUUCUUACACAAAACUUUUCUCUAUUUCAAAAUAUUUAUAUAAUAAAAAAUGCAUUAUGAUCAUUUCAAGCAUUUAUGUCAUUAUCCGAAAUAUUCUUUCAGUCUUGAAUGCAACAAUGCAAUAA